CCUUUUGUCCUUUUAGAGUCUUUUACUCAUAUCUUUGUCUCUCAACGCUCAGCUGAAACAAUUAUUUUGAAUUUGUGUCACCACUCACCAGUGUUCUUUCAUUGGUCCUUCAUUCUAAAUGGAUUUGGUGUUCCCCCUGAAACCCCAAACCGCGUUUCUCAAAGUACCCUCCUCUUCAGCCCUCUUCCUCCCCCUUCCUUUCAAGUCCCUUCGUCUUCGUCCAAUCUCAGCUACUUCCAAGAACCUCAGGGUUCACUGCGAGCUUGAAAGCAGAGUCAAUGGCGCUAUUUCUGGUGACUUUGAUCCCCGCUUUGUUGACAGGCAAAAAGCACUAGAAGCAGCAAUGAAUGACAUAAACAAUUCUUUUGGAAAGGGAAGUGUUACAAGAUUGGGCAGUGCUGGGGGAGCUUUAGUGUGUAAAUGUUGCAGUGAAACAUUUCCUAGUGGCUGUUUGACCUUGGACUGUGCUUUAGGUGGCGGUCUUCCGAAAGGUAGAAUUGUUGAGAUAUUUGGACCAGAAAGCAGUGGGAAGACUACCAUUGCACUUCAUGCUAUUGCAGAAGUGCAGAAACUAGGAGGAAAUGCAAUGCUCGUUGAUGCUGAGCACGCCUUUGAUCCAGCAUACUCUAAAUCAUUAGGAGUGGAUGUAGAAAAUUUGAUUGUCUGCCAACCUGAUCACGGAGAGAUGGCUCUUGAGAUUGCAGAUCGAAUGUGUAGAUCUGGUGCCGUAGAUCUCAUUUGUGUGGAUUCUGUCUCAGCUCUCACUCCACGAGCAGAAAUUGAGGGUGAGAUUGGAAUGCAGCAAAUGGGGUUGCAAGCUCGCCUUAUGAGUCAAGCUUUACGCAAGAUGUCUGGAAAUGCCUCAAAAGCUGGCUGUACACUAAUAUUUUUGAAUCAAAUAAGAUAUAAGAUUGGCGUCUAUUAUGGAAAUCCAGAAGUGACAAGUGGUGGAAUUGCAUUGAAGUUCUUUGCGUCAGUUCGGCUAGAAGUUCGUCCUAUAGGGAAGAUAAAGUCUGCUAAAGGAGAUGAAGAAAUUGGCCUUAAAGUCCGUGCAAGAGUGCAAAAGAGCAAGGUAUCAAGGCCUUACAAAAUAGCUGAAUUCGAGAUUAUAUUCGGUGAAGGAGUCAGUAAGCUGGGUUGCAUUUUAGAUUGUGCAGAAAUACUGGACAUUGUCCUAAAGAAAGGUUCUUGGUACAGCUAUGGGGACCAUCGAUUGGGACAGGGAAGGGAGAAAGCAAUACAGUACUUGAAGGAGAACACACACAUUUUAGAGGAAAUCGAAAAGGUAGUUCGGUCUUCAUUGGUCGAGGGAACAAACCAAACAAACCUCGCAUUCACAAAGAGCGGUCCAGUUCUCCAUCAAGAUGAUGAUAUCUUUGAUGAAGGAGAUAAUGAGAGCUGAGAGGAGGAAGCUGAUUAGUGUUUAGAAAAAAUAGUCUCUCCCUAUCCUUUUUAAUAUAUUCUUUAUCUUUUUUAUUUUUAUUUAAUAACACAUUCACACACCCUACACACUAAUUGCACAAACCACUAAACAUGCUGAUUGUUCACUCAAAAUUGAUAAUUUAUUUUUCGAUUAUGGUUAUUAGAGAAAAAAAAAAAGAAGACUCCCC